GGCGGAUCCCGAGGAGUAGGACGUUUUUUUUACUGUUUUUUUACGCGUCCCCGGGCGAGGGCCGCGCAAUAAAACAAAACGUCCUUGUACUCCCGAAACGCGCCUCACGCAACGUAAAGCCGACUGCUCCGGAUUUUCAUACCAAAAAUCGUUAACCAAAGCUUUUGGUUUCAGACUUCGUGCACACAUCUGCGAAGGGGCAGUCGAUCCGCAGCCCAGUAGCGGCCCAGGCCGAUUUAUUCACCAGUUAAAGGAGAACUUGGGCUUAAUCACGGAAAAAAUCGCACCCCUCGCGACAUCCAGUACGGACUGGAAGAUUAUUCAAAAAACCGAUUUGCGACCUUAUUUUAAAGCAAGCGAAAAACUCGUAGAGCACGUAACGAGCAUCAUUCGCGCCUGCACGCCUCGGUGCGCUGCCGACGGCUUGAUCGAGGAGGCCAGCAUAGCUGCUCGCCAGGCCGAACGCGUCAUAGACUUACAAUUAGUCCUAACGCACGGCGAGGGCGAAGGGUCCCGUCGCGCUCGACGGUCCCUGUUCCCGUUUAUCGGCUCAAUUCACAAAUUCCUGUAUGGUACAUUGACCGAAGCCGACGAGGCCGAAAUACAGGAGGCAGUGAAAGCGAUCGCCGAGGACACGCGUAAAACCGCGGCCCUCCUCGCAAACCAAACAGAGAUCGUCGAACGCGAACUCUCCGAUGUAGAUAGCAGAAUAUGGAAAAUGAAGGUAGCAACCGACAUCUUAUUUAACAGAUCAGUCGAAAACAGCAACAAUCUAGCCGCGCAAAACGCGAUUCAAAGCGCGAGGGCUAGUAUAGCUCAAUUUAGGCUUGACAUCGAAGUCAUCACGGACGCGGUAUUAUUCGCGGCUAAGGGUCUCAUCCAUCCGCGAAUGUUAGCGGUGGUCAACGCGAAAUUUCCGCUCCCCGACGGCAAGUUAUCGGUAAUUCCGGUGAUGAAGGUGUCAAAAAUAACAAUUAUUCUAUCGAACGGCCACCUGGUCUACGUGGUGGCCAUUCCGCUACUCGACAUUGAAAAAUUUAACUUAUUUAAAGCUUCGCCUAUACCGGUGGUGCAGCAGAUAUUGAAUGCGUCGAGCAUCGCCGCGUAUAUCUGGCCGAAGUACAGUUAUUUUGCGGUAAGCGAUUCGAACCGCACCUACAUGCCUCUGUCAGCAGAAAGAGUCGCGAAGCUGCGCAAGCUCGGUAAUAUUUUAAUCGCGGUAAAUCCAGAACCCAUCCGAGAGAUUCAGGACAGCGCCGCGCGCGAAAUAAAAAUAGCUUCGGGGCAUCCGGUCGAAGAUCCGAGCCAUUGUGAUAUUAGAAUUAAGCAGCGAAGAGACACGUUUUGGCUUAGAUUAUACAAAGCCAAUACGUGGAUCUACUCCACAAGAUGGCCAGAAGACAUUUUCAUCCAAUGCUUACGCGCUGAACAAAUAGCCACCCGAUUAUUAGGCGCGGGCCUACCGCGCCAAAAAUUUGCACGGCACUGACCUCGAGAAUUUAAAAGCCGGGACGGGCCUACGCGAAAUCGCGAACAAAGCUCGGGAAAUCGCGCAGAGAAAAGCCACGGCGUUCGAGCUAAAGAAUUUGAGCAAUUAUUCAAGCAUCUUCGGAUACUCAUCGUGGUCCAUGAUAGGCGCCCUCGUAAUCGCGAUCGGACUGAUAUGGUGUUUUGUACGCUACCGCGCAGGUAAACCCAUGCGUGAUCUCACAUGAAACAACAGAAAACAAUCAUGCAUCUGGAAAUGGCGCGCGAAUUCCACCGGAAUCUAGCCGAAUCAUCGACGUAAUAGUCACCGCUCUAUUAAUACCGAUUAACUCCCCUGGUAGGAAAUCAACGAGCAAAAUCAUUAAAAGGUUAACUUUAGUUGACCACAUUUGUAAGAUUUUAAUAUAAAAUUCAUAAUAAGUUUUCGCUAAGACGCCGGCAAGGCGUUUCUAUCUUACCGUUUAGUGAGCGGUUUUAAGUAGCUAUUUUCCCUAGCUUCCAGCAUCCAUAGGUAUGGUCGCACGGCUUUAUCCGCAGCGUAACAGCCGGUGUACACUACCGUGAGCCGGCUUACGAGUCGCCGCGGCAUAAAAGCAGUAAAAACUUACCCGUCCAUCUCGCGCGCAGAACACCGGGAAGCGGACCUCAUGAAGCCGAUAAAUACAAUAGAGGAGAAAUUAUUUUUCUUUCUCGCACAAAGCAGGCGACGUUGCCAGCGCACUUAUUUGCUUUAUUAUAGUAAAAGAAAGUAAUAAAAUCGAAAAAGCCAAGCUGUUCUAAGCGAGAAAGGCGAAUGCCUUCGCGGCGCAGCGGAAUAAUAAACCUAAAAUAUUUAGUUCAUAAGAGUGCAUUAGCCUGUAUCGCGCAAUGCAAUAUGUUCAUUGUUUUUUUUGGUUUCAGCUUCACGUAAUGUUAGGUAAUGAUAUCAUCAUUUUAAUAUUAUAUGCAUACAGAUGAUAACAAUACACAGUUGUAAUAGUAUGUAUGUAAAAGAGCUCCGCUUCGCAGAUCCAUGUAAGGCAGCAGCGGCUGCUAAGCACAACACACGCGCUUACAAGAACACACACACACACACACACACACACACACACAAAAUACUAAUUGCGACUUUCACAAAUCAAUAAGAGGUUUGGAUUAGAAUCCAAUCCGCUAGGGACUUUAAUCGGUGCAUAUUAGCUAUGCACCUGGCAUCCAGGGACACAAAAUUUGAGAUAGAAAUUAGAAGAAAAGAGAGAUUCAUGCUAAAUUCAAGUAUAAACAUGUAAAAUAGAAUCUAAAUCACUAGAACAGCUAACCCAAGUUACCGAUCGAGUAACCCAAGUUAUCGACCGUGCUGAUGACCCAACCCCGGAAAAUUCCCGAGGGGGUAUAAGUUUUAGAUAAACUAACCUCAAAAUCUGAAAUUUUUUUUUUCACUAUUAGGUGGAGAGUGCGAAGUCGGACCCCCAUGUAUGGGGUGAAAAUUUCGUCCGUUUUGCACGAAAAGCUUUCCCUGCCGAGAUAUAGACAAAAAAACGAAUCCUAACCUGAAAAAUUUAUUCAAAACUGAUGACGUCAAUCGAGAGAGGGGGCCGAAACACAUCGAUACCAUUUAUCACCUCCCCCAUAGCUAUUACAGAUAGCGAGAUACAAAAUGAUGCUAAAAGAUGACUGAAAUGACGAAAGAUUAUUUUCAGAUAACGGGUAUACGAGACUGCUUGUUAAACUCGUUGUACCCAAUAUCCUGUAUGCAGGUUCGGGACUGCUCGUCGUACUUGCAGCAUCCAAUAUCGCUAUGCAAGUUCUAGACUGUCUCGACUACUGACCCUAUAAAAAGAAGUCGUAGAGCGAGGAACUGUCAUUAUUUGUCUAACUUGACUGAGAGUAAGAGCUAGAGAAAUGUUUUGUUCUUGUGGCCUAGACCAUCUUAAUGAUCCUCGUCUGCAGAGGGCUAGGCCGAUGGAGCUACCUCUUCCACCAUUUGCCUUAACACACAACGACGAGACCAUGGCUACGACGAGCUCGGAGGAGGAAGGUUUUCCUCUCUCGUGGUCUCCCCUGGCGCACAGCUCUGCUCUGUCCGACACGAGCUUGGACACGAGCUUGGUGGCGGCGGCUUCCCUUCUGGAGAAGGCCCUGCUGGAGAAGAGCCUGCUGGUGGGAGACUCAGUCUCCCGCCUCCCAUCGACGAAGAAAGAGGUACCGGGGAAGUGGGCUCUACUGGAGCGCGACCUCUACCUCUCCAGCAACAGCGAUCUCGUGUUGGAAGAGUUGGCGAAGGUGUGCCCUCUUCGUCAGCAGAGUGUACCGUCGAGUGACGACGAGGAGAAAGAAAAUUCUCCCGUGCGCUGUCCGAUACCCUCUGCUGAUAAGAAGCGCGCACCUCGUAAACGCUCCCCGGAAGGUCCCUGCGUACGCAAGGUCACCCGACCAGCGCAGGUGGUUGGCACCAAGCGCCGCAGAUUAGAUUUUAAUGAAUUUUAAUUGUAUUUUUUUUAAAUAAAAGCAAUAAAAAAAAGGAAGUCAAAUGGAGAGGUAAACUUGAUUGGCUGUACCUCACAGGUGAGAG